AUGAUCAGCACAACUCUUGCACAAACUGCUUUCCUCUCCCCAUCGCUCUUAUGCAGACCGUUGGAGAGCACAGGGUUCAUGAACAAGGCUCCUAUCCUCAAACUCAACGCCGUCAAGCAGCCUUCGCGCCUGCAUCGGGGUGUAGGCGGCAGGCACGUCAAACAGGAGCUUCAGAUGAAGGCUGGUAGCAACCACGUCUCGAGAGGACUAGCUCUUCUCAGCACCCUCGCGGUGGUUUCAACUCCUCUGCUCUCCUCCGGCGCUCCUCCUCCGCCCCCCGUCGAAGUGUCGGCCAACUUCCAGAACCCCUAUCUUCUGCUGGAACCCGCGGGAGAGUCUUACCUGGGGAAGAAAGGGAUCAAUCUGCAGAUGCCGAGCGAGCUGUCGGACAAGGACGAGGCUCCUCUGGCGUACACGAUGAAGAAGGCAGCGAAGCCCAAGAUAAACUACAUCGAGAACCUUUCGAACCUCGACAUAGCCGCUUCGUUCCUGUGGACCAUGUUUCUCUACUUUGGGAUCUUCGACAUCAACUACAAGGACAACGUUAUAAGGCAGGCUGGGGGGGUGGAUGGCGACGUGAGACCUUCCGACUGGGUCAACAUCAAGCUCGGAAAGUUCUUCGAGAUGGAACAGGAGACGUGGAAGGACGACUGGAGGGCUCCGGUCCCACUUCAGAUGUUCACUUUCUCCCUCUUCUUCCUCGCCGGGCUUGCGAUCGAGCGGGGGAUCGUGGUGGGAGCAGGAGACGUGAACGGCUUCUUCGCCUUCUCCGCAGCCUUGAGCGGCUGCAUCUGGGCCGGAGUCUACGAGCUCGGACGAACGCAGCAGAGGGGGUACCGGCUGACCCGAGAGGAGCAGGAGGCGAUGGAUCAAGAGUGGAAGGACUUCUGCGACUUUGCUCAGGAGCAACUGGAGGUGAAGCCCAACGGGAGGGUGUACGUCGGAGACGUCAUGAAGGCCUUCCGGCGAUCGUACGGGAAGUACCGGACAAGCGAGCAGCUGAGCGACGAGAAGCUUAAGGGCUAUUUCCGCAGGUUCGCGAGAAACACAACAGGCAUGAAGGGCAAGCAAGGGUUCUACAAGGGGAUCGCGUUGGUACAGAAGGCUGACGCGUUCGGCUACCCCACAGCUCAGUUCCGGUGGGCCGAGGAAGAGAAGAAGCGGAGGGACGAGGAGGUGGAUACUGGCGCUGCACUCCAGACGGCUGAUCGUGUUGGGCAGGUACGGAAGGCCAGGGAGGACGCGGCUGAGGCUGCGCGGAUGGCUGAGGAGGCUGCAAUGAGGGCACGAGAGAACGCAGACGACACCGUGGGAAAGAAGAGAGAGGAUGCGGAGGAGAAGAAGAGAUCGCAAGAAGUGUGA